UGUCGAAUUAUGAAUUCGUUCUAAAAUUACCCACAAUUCCUCCCCCUCCCUCUUCCUUUCUCCGCUGCCGUCAUGAAGGUUGAACUGUGCAGCUUUAGCGGAUACAAAAUAUAUCCCGGCCACGGCCGGCGAUAUGCCAGGGUAGACGGAAAGGUUUUCCAGUUCCUCAAUGCAAAGUGCGAGUCAGCCUUCCUUUCUAAGAGGAAUCCCAGACAGAUCAACUGGACUGUGCUGUACAGACGCAAACACAAGAAGGGCCAGUCUGAAGAGGUGACGAAGAAGCGCACUCGCCGUGCAGUCAAGUUCCAGAGGGCCAUUACAGGAGCUUCCCUGGCUGAAAUCCUGGCCAAGCGGAACCAGAAGCCCGAGGUGCGCAAGGCCCAGCGGGAGCAGGCCAUCAGGGCUGCUAAGGAGGCUAAGAAGGCCAAGCAGGCCACCAAGAAGCCCUCUGCCCCCAGUGCCAAGGCUCCUGCUAAGACUGCACCUAAACAGAAGAUCGCCAAGCCCGUGAAGAUGAACGCCCCACGUGUGGGUGGAAAACGCUAAACCACAGCUUGUUCACCUGUUUUGUAAUAAACAUAUUGGGUCUAAA